AUGAAUGGAGUUCCCGAGUCCGAUGUACCGGCAGAUAUGGUUGAGUGGCUGGAUGAGGAUUGGAAAUGCUCUUGCGUUGGGGUGGUUGGAACACUUCGGAGUCUAGCUUGGCUAGCCAGUCUGGAUGAACUCGUUGAAGCUAUUGACAGCCCUGCGUACACCAUCGUGGAUGACAUCGAAUCAUGCUUGAUGGCACAGGCCACAUGUGGCCAGUUGAACGUCACCUUGAGGAGGGCAAGAUCCCAUCUCGAAUGGUUGAUAGCAGGAUGUCAGGUCCUGUCUGACUCAGGUCCCGCUGAUCAAUCUCUGAGUAAUCAGUGA